UCGUCGAGUUCGCUUCGCAGGAAAUCCCAACUCGGUUGCGCACGCGUUCGCAAAGAUUCGAUUUCGAAACGUGUUUGAAAGUGUUUUUGAAAUUUCAAGAAAAUAUAUAUAUAGAGUAUUUCGAAAAGAGUAUAGAAACUGAACAUAUUGGUGAACCGAGUGAAGCAUGUCCAGUGCCCAAGUGUCGCAACAGCCGCCACCACCGCCGCUGACCGCCAGCAGCAGCAACUCAAUGCCGUCGCAAUUGCUACUCAGCCACAUUCAGCACCACAGCAGCAGUCUGCACCAGCACCAGCACCAGCACCAGCGCAGCCACCAGCGAUCCUCGCCACCUGCCCAGGACUACGAUCAGGGCAGCAAUCAGUCCACACUCUCGCCCAGAUCCCAGUUAACGCCCAGUCCGCCGGCGGCGAGUCCCACGCACUCGGCGGCCACCACAGGAUCACCAGUUAGCACCUACGCUCCGGCCUUGAGUCCCGGUGCUGCCCAGGAUACCAGCCAAACGGAGAGUAGUCACAGUAGUCAGUCACAGAUGCCCCUGCUAGUGGCGCCCAUGCCCGUGGGCACAGUGGGUCCGCCACAUCCACAUGCAGCGCCGCCGCAUCCACGUCUUUAUGUGGAGGGUUUCCCGGCACCGCAUCACGUGCCGCAUCCACAUCCCGCCCUGGGCGCCUAUCCCCUGCCACGACUGCCCCUCAUGAUGCCGGCCAAUCCACCAGGUGUGCCAUCAGGAGCAACUGCACCACCGCCCGUUUCGCCGCAGCCCGCGGCCAAUCACCUGAGCCACAGUGGUGCCACAACGAUGGCCACAACCACACUCCUGCCACCCGCCCAAAGUCAGCCGAAGAAAUCCUUCUGCAUCGAUGCCCUGCUGGCCAAGAGUCAGCACCAGUCGUCGGGUGAGCCACAGCCCAUCAUCGUGGAUGAUCGCCUCGCCGCCCUGCACUAUGCCCGGGAUCAGGCGGAACUCAAUCAUGCCUUCGUGACCGCCUCCAAUGCGGCGGCAGCUGCUCAGGCGGCUGCCUCGGCCGCCGGCGGCAUCAGCGAGCAGGAGGCACUGCAGCGCAUCCGGGAUUCCAGGGAGUACGACUCACCCAGUCCCGACGGCAUGUCAAGAUCGGAAUCGCCCACUUCGUCGCACCGCUCCAGUCCGCCCAUCAGUCCCGGCUGUGAAGAUCAGCAGCAGCCCCAUGGUGGCAUUCAUCCCCAGCAUCUGUCCAUGCGCAUGUCCGACUUCCACGACGAGUUCAAGAAGCCGAUUCCACCCCACAGUCCCAUCAGACCACAGGAUUUCCCACUCUACGCCGGCGGCCAUCCUUACCAGCUGCUGGCCCAGGGCGGCUCCGCCUUCCACCGACCGCUGGAUCCCUCAGGCAAACCCAUUCCCAUACCCAUGGGUCACAAUUUCAUGCCCUCACAGCUGCAAUUUGAGUUCCUGGCCCGCGCCGGCAUGCUGCACCAUCGGAUCCCCGAGCUGGCCGCCUAUCCGCAUCAUGCGAUUCUGGGCAAGACGAGGAGACCCCGAACCGCCUUCACAUCGCAGCAGUUGCUCGAGCUGGAGAAGCAAUUCAAGCAGAACAAGUAUCUGAGUCGUCCCAAGCGAUUCGAGGUGGCCAGCGGCCUGAUGCUGUCCGAGACGCAGGUGAAGAUCUGGUUCCAGAAUCGCCGCAUGAAGUGGAAGCGCUCCAAGAAGGCGCAGCAGGAGGCCAAGGAGCGGGCAAAGGCCAAUCAGCAGCAGCAGCAGCAGUCGACGCCCAGUGCAGCCAGUUAGGAGGAGCAUUAAGGAGGAGCAUCUGCAGGAUCUGUAGAUUCUGCUGGAUCUGUAAGAUCUGGAGGAGUGGUCUCCAAUCUAGUCAUGCCGCGAUCAAACCGCCGUCCCACCAUCGAAACGAGACACCCUGUUUUCUAGCACCCAGUUUCAUACGCGCAAUCGGUCGAAAUCUUUUUUCGGGUUUUUUCACAUUGGUUUCGCUUUAUUAUUUUUAUUUUGUGCCACAACAACUGGUCACUGUGUGAUAUAUGUAAACAAGAAAUAUAAAUUAAAUUCAUUACCCUCCCCGCCACCCCCUCUUUCUAGACACUGUAUGUACAUAAACAUAAAUCUUAAUAGGAACACGAGCAUAAAUAACUAAAUAAACAUAAAUCUAAACUAAAUGAGUAAUGCCUAAGUAAAUAAAUUACAUUAAAUGCGAUUAGUUUAGUUGGUAAUUUGCAAUUUGCUUGUAUAAUUUGUGUAAAUAAUUGUAAUUAUGUAAUUGUAGUAUUUAAUAUUAACAGAAACAACAAGAGCCAUUGAGAAAAAAUAACACAUAUAAAAUGUAUGAUAACGCAAUGCGAUUGAAUUAGUUAAUUUUCUGGAUUUUAUUUUGAAAAUCAAAAAUGGAAAAAAUAAA